AUGAAUAUUCUCAGACCUUCUACUGUUAAUUUUUUAAGAAGCUCUAAUAAAAGUUUAAGUCAUAAAGUUUAGAGGAAUUUCUUCUAGAAGAUAUUUGAGGAAGCUAAAAAGCACCAUAAUUCUGAACCUUUAAAAAUAGUUUAAAAGCUUAAUCAAGAUUAUAAUCCUGAAUAUCUUAAUAAUGAAUUUGUUAAAUACGUAAAUCAAAUAGGAGUUCCUCCACUUAACUCUUACAAUAUAGUUAAUCCUAGGAUAGCUGAAACAGAUUUUUUUUCAUAAAAAACUAUAUUUAGAAUAGCUGCGUAAGCUUAAUUUAGAAGAUGGAUGGACUAGUAUGAAAGCUUAGUGGAUAGUUUAGUUGCAGGUGAUAUGAAUAAAAUCAAUAAAUUAUGCGAAGAAAGACUUUGUUAAAAAUUUGAGACCUUUCUUGAAAAGUUAGAAAAAUCGCAAUUAAAAUUUUCAAAAAUAACACCAUUAGAAAAUUUAGAUAUAAUGGCUUAUCCAGAAUAUCAAUAUCAUAGAUAAGUAGAAGGAGUUUCUCUAAAUAGAAGACUUAACUAUCAUGAAUCAUAAUAUGUGAAGACAUAAAGUAAAGAAAAGUUGAUUUUCAAAAAGCUUAAUGAAAAAAAGUAGAGUAAAUGGGCUCUCCUCAACUUAAGCGAUGAUUAAUCUGAAAAAGAAAAUAAUACUGAUGAGCUUGUUUUAAAUUAAUAUUUGAUAUCCUUUUAAACCAAUAUAAGAUUAAAUCUUGUUCGUAAAGCAGACGAAACAGAAAUAGUUUAUGGAUCUAAUGACCGUAAUUUAAUAGCUGUUCAUUUCAUUUAAAUUGAAAAUGUCAGAAAUCAUUUCUAAGAAACUGAUUAUUACAUAACAGAUAUAGAUAAUAUUCUUAAUGGAAAUCCUUUUGUUACAUCUUGA